AUGGAUGCUGGGCUUGUAAACGGAGUUGUAUUUCUUGAUCUGCGUAAAGCAUUUGAUACGGUUGAUCAUGAAAUCCUCAUUAAGAAAUUAAAAAUUUAUGGGGUUCAAAAUAUUGCCCUCAAGUGGUUUAUUUCAUAUUUAUUUGAUCGAAAACAGUUUUGCAAGGUGGGAAGUGCAGCAUCGUCAACAAAAAAUAUACGCUGUGGAGUUCCACAGGGUUCAAAUCUCGGUCCAUUGUUAUUUCUCUUGUAUGUCAACGAUCUCCCGAACUGUCUAAGACACUCUAGUGCUGAAAUGUAUGCGGAUGAUACGAAUUUGACGGAGUGUUCCGAUGGUAUUAACAAUUUGCAAGCCAUUUUAAAUUCGGACUUCAACAAUGUCCAUCAGUGGAUAUAG